AUGGCUGAGAAAGAUAAAUCCCAGAACAGGCCCAUUUUGUGCAGAAGCAAUUUUCGACCCCUCCAAGAUUCUACGGCGACCAUCAAACCUGGUCAAUUGUAUGGGAUUAUUUCGACUGCAAGUUUUGUCACAUGCAAUGCUACGGACCCGAUUGACUAUCAAGUCUUACUCAACACCAAUGCAUCGGUUGAACAUACGCUUUCGCCUUCCUUUGUCUACUCUUUAGCCGGAAGACUCCUUCUUCUCAACACUCCGGCUCCCCCAACGCUCAAUUACUAUUUAGAUACGGUUUGUAAGGUUUGCACUGUUGAACACCAUGUAGACGACACCCCGGACAAAACUUUCACCUCUGGACCAGGAAUCGUUAUUUCGGUGUUGAAACCUACAUCUGAAAUUACCAACGACUCCCAAGAAAACAAAAAGAAGGAUUUGACCAUCAUCGACCAAAUCGUCAAGCCGUUUGACGUGAAAUACAUUAUUCCUGCGACACCUAAGCUCACCAACACGCACAGUAUGAUUCGUGUGGGACGCGAAUUCCACUUUGAUGGAUACUUGUUCGGCUGGGACAUGAAAGAACACCAAGCCAUUAUUAAAGUAUUAGGGUUUAGCCCCUUAAAUGUCACAAACACGGGAUCCCAGCCUAAGAGCCAAGCUGCAACUCCUCAAUCUAGCCCUGUAAACAGAGGAUGCAAAUUCGUUACAUUUAGUGAUGCUGGACAGCCUCAAUUGAACGCCGAAGUCACUCCUGACUCUAAGUCUGAUCCCACGGGGCUCUGCCAGGCGGGAAGUAGUGAAGGAAGUAGCGGACCGCUACACCAAACCCUCCAUUCGGGUGAUCCAGAUGAUGCUCCGUUGGCCUUAAGUGUUCCUUCAAAAGGUAAAAGUAAAUUAGCAGAAGCCUCUCCACCAAACAAGAAAAAGAGAGGGGCACCUGGUGCUUAG